CAGAUAUCGAAUGAACUUUGAUUCCUGAAUCACAGUGGUCACAGUGAAACUCAAGAAUUGAGAAGGCUAUAAAAUUGCAGCUUGUAGAAAUUGCCAUAGCACGGGUAUUCUUAUGACAGAUUAACAAGAUGAAAACUCUUCCUUAUAAAGUGGAGACUAGCGAGGAUGGUGGUAAAUCAACAGUUCACUUUCCUGGCAUAUCAUACUUAAGCUCAGGACCAUCUGGGAUUCUGUCACCAUGGGGCAUCGUGAAGUGUAUGGAAGCUGGACGAGUAAUUCGAAUUUAUCCUGUAAGUUCAAAUCUGACCACAUUCAUGAUAGAACAGACCUUUGACUUCAACUGGGAGAACAUUACUUGUGCCAAGCAAAACGUGACUUUUCCAUACACCAUAACACUGGACCUUGCUGGGAUUGGCAGGACAUCACUGCAAUGGAAACAGACGAUGGUUAACAGCCUGGAUGGAUCGUGUCUGGCAACCGGUUUAGUUCGGUUGGUCCUGGUGGAUCCGACAAGCAGACGACCGAGGGAAAUUCCUCCAGAGUUUAAGGAAAAUAGGUCUCACCUUGUUAAACUGUCUUUUCCCAUUAUAGAUGUUCCUGAGAUACCCGGUGUUCAUUUCUGCCUUCCAUUCACAGUUCUUUACAGUGAUACUGACCGAAACAGGCAUUUGAAUCAGGCUUCUUUUGUCAAGCAUGCGUACAACUGUGUCUGGAAAGCAAACCGAAUCGACCCGUUUCAUAGUUUUCGUAAAGAUAUUGGUGAACAGCCGCUGAUAAACAUCUCCAUCUUGUACAAGGGUGAAGCACUUGAAGGAGAUCAGCUCGUCUGUUCUUGUUGGCAAGACAAGAUCCAACUACAGCACAUUCACGCAGUGAUUACAAAUAAUAAGAGAGUGUUGGCGUACUUCAAAAUGGCCUUCGAUGUUCAAGCGGAAUCAAAACUCUGAAUCUUCGUUACGUUUACCAAAUUACAGCCUUUUACAAGUAAUGCUUAUUCAGAUGGGUUUUUUUAGCAAGUCAAGAACAAACCAUAGCACAUCCAAAAUGAUCUACGAUAUUCAAGAGGAUUCACCCCAUUGGUGGCCCCAUUGGGCUAUUUCUUGUUCCAGCCAGCGCUCCACAACUAGUUUAACAAAGGCCGUGGUAUGUACUAUCCUGUCUGUGGGAUGUUGCAUAUAACAGAUCCCUUGUUAAUGAAAAGAGUAUCCCAUGAAGUCUUUUAGCAAAUUAAAAGAAAUGCGUAUUAACAAACUUUAAUUUUUCAACAAUUAAAAACAGUAACAGGUUCAUGACAAUUCAACAAUCAAUGCUGAAAAUCAAUAGCAAAAUUGCACAGCUCGGUGUUUUUAAUAAAUACUUGUCAUAAA